UACCAUAUUGAGAUCUUACGAUAAUAGUACCUUACUUACUUACUUAUUUACCAUGACUAACUCAAUUUUCUCUCAUUCAAUAUGUUCUAAGAAAAUCGAUCAUUUUACUUGUUGUAGCUGUCCAGAUCUAUUAUUGUCAUCUGGUUCAACGUCCUUACCAAUAGAACAGACAAACAAACAAACAAACAAACAAAUAAAUCCUUCAUUUUCUCAAUAGAAGAUCAGAGGAACAAACAACAAAGGCUUCAUUAUCUAUCAAUCUAUCUUCUCCAUCUAUCUCACCUGAUUCUGAUUAUCAGCUCGGAUCCCUUCAACAACUUUCCCGCUUUCUACUUUGAAUUGGAAACACCCAAUCAAUUCACCCUAUAUCCGGAGUAAUCAUCCGUUCAUUUCAGCUUCUUUGAUUUUUUCUGGUUUCCUACUUGAAUACUUUCUCAUGAUAUCAACUAUUUCACCUUCGAUCCCUGUUAAAUUCUUUCCACCCUCUGCGAAGCACCACCUUGGGUCGAAUCUCGAUUGGAAGCACGCAGGAACUGUUCCAUACAAGUCGCACAAGUUAGACCGUUCAUCAUCUUCCACAUCUCCUUCCCUGCCCGGUGGUUGCGCAUGCAGUUAGUGAUUCCAAAACACAAAAAGUUCAACAUAAAAAAUCAAGCUCGUUUGAGAAAACUUGUUUGCGCCUCAAAUCUUUCUGUUUGGUCAGCCGACUUCGUUCUGGGAGCGAUUGGGAGAAUAUUAAUUGUUUGAAAAAUGCCAUUGAUCAAUGGAUUGAAAAUGGCCUGGUAUGUUCAGACCCACCCUUGGCGUGUUCGUGAUUGGUAAAAAUCCCGGAUAGGUGCACUUGACGUGGUUCACAGGACAAAGGAUAUAUAUAUAUACUUUGACCUACCCGACCAUUUGUCCCUGAUGUGCUAACAUAGACGUGUUAUAGUGAGCCAUGUAUCAGAGGUCAUCGAUCAACAAAAUGUACACACGCGAACGAGAGACUGAUGGUACCGGUGAGGAAGCCUGGACGACCUCUCAGUGCAUGCCCUCAUCCGAAAGAUCAACCAUGUAACUGUGGAAGUGUCACGGCUGCUAUUCCAAGGAAACAAGCAUGUCACUGUGGUACCGAUACACUUGUGUCGACCCCUCCGACCCCUAUGCAACGACUAAACUCUACAUCCGAUCCGACUUCUCCAACGCAACUCACAUUUAAAAUUCACAAGACAGCAUCAAGGCCGCAGUCGGGUAGGAGACAAUCAUUCGACCCGGUGAAUUUGGACCGGAUGGAUUUGAAUCAGGUCAACAUAGUUCCUUUCGAUCAACAUACUCAGAGGGUGCAAACCAUUCCCCCCAACGCAUAUCAUAUGUCGACUGUUCCUCAACCUUAUGGAUUUGCUCCACCACAAUAUCCACUUGUGCAACAACAAUAUGCUAAUGUUCCUCUCCAACUACCUCCACCACCUAUGCAUAGCUUAGGAACACCAAUGCCAGACAUAAGAGCAAAUGGAUAUGCGAAUGGACAUGGCAGUUUAGAUCAAGUGGUGGAAAGUCCUUUGGAAACACCAACUGAAGUUAAGAAUGGGCAAAUUACCCCAAAAAUGAACGGCGGCUCUUGUUGUGCGCCAUCUACCCCGGAAACUCCACCUUCCAUCGAUAAUGCUAUUACGAACGGUGGUUCAUGUUGCGCUCCUAGAAAAAAUACCCAUGCCCACACUUCUUCGAAUGCUAGUACAAAGUCGGAACCUACAAACACUACGCCUAGACCUAAAAGUUGUUGUUCUUCAAAGAACAAGCCGCCAAAUACGGAAAGCUCCCACACGAAUACACCCUUGAUGAACACACAAAUACCACAAAAUGGAUUUUCGACGAACAAUGCCAUGUAUUCACAAUAUCCACCUACUGUAUUUACAUAUCCUGCUACUUAUGGUUCUUAUCAAAAUCCACUGCAGCCAUCUGCUUGGCGCCAAGGUGUACGUAAUAUGAGCUAUGGCCAUAUUCCAGGACAAACAUCUAUUCCUACCGCACCCUUAGCCUUUGGUUCAGGUCCGCUGCCUCAGUGCCUAGAUACAGUUCAUACUUGUGGCUGUGGUGAUGGUUGCCAAUGUGUUGGCUGUGCAGCUCAUCCAUAUAACGAUGCAACAAGACAAUACGUCCUUUCGGCUUGGGAAUCAAUGCAACUCGAACCAGAAAUAUACAAUAAUGGCCACGGGAAUGGAAAUGUUGCGCCUGCUUCAAUUCAGACCCAAGAUGUUAUGAAAGAAAAUCCUACUUCUCCGCCUCCUGCUACUCCAUCGAGUACUACUCCGUCGAGUACUACUUCUGGAACUGUUGAAGAACAAAGUCUUUCGGCAUCGGAUUUCUUUUUCGUGAAUUAUCCUUUUACUACCGAAAAUGGAUGUGGAGGUGAUACUCAAAGCUGCCCAUGCGGCGAUGAUUGUCAAUGCUUCGGCUGCACUAUUCAUCGUGUCCCAGACAUUCCUUGUCCAGGGGAGAAGGAUACUUGUCCUUGCGGCGAUGACUGCGCCUGCAUUGGCUGUACUAUACACAAUAUGUGAUUUGUUAUUAUUACAUAUAUUUGAGGGGCGACACAGUGGACAUAAUCAAGGAGGGAAAUUUGCAGUCAAGAUCAUAUUGGAUCUGACUUUUUGAGCGUAUAUUGAAGGAAACAUGAUACCCUUUUCAUUAUUUGAGUGCUGAGCCUCGAGGGCGAUCCAAAUAGCUAGUUAGAUACGCGUGAUGAGUUGACCCCUGGGUUGAAGCGAGCUAUUGCAAAAAAUUGAAAACUGUCAUUCUAAUAGCACCG